UUUUUUUGUGAAUGCGAAAUUUAACACAAAUUUCUUUGGUUUUUAUUUCAAGUCGGCUGCUGUUAAAAGAAAAAAUUUCCAUUCACUUUUUCUAAUCUUUUAAUAAAAUCUUCAAAUAAAUUUUCAUUAACCAAAAACACAACCAUCAAAAAUGAAAAAAACAAAACCAAUUCUAUACGAUCCUUUAAUUAUAAAUCGUGUUAAACAGUAUUUGGAAGAAAAUGUCCAUCAAACUUAUUUGGAUGUCGGAGUUAUGGCUAAAUCAUUGCAAGAUCGUUAUCCGGAGUACAGUCGACGUAAAAUUGCUCCAUUUCGUUCAUUAGUCGAACAAGCAUACAAAGUUGUUUCGCAAAGUUAUGGUUUGGAUGUUAGUCCACCGAGUCCAGAUUCUGGUUCGGAUUUGGAAGUUAUGGAUGAACCACCAGUUGCUCAGAAUUCAAUGAAUAAUAUGUUGACUAAUUUGUAUGCUAAAAAGUCUAAUCCUAAAGAUUCGAGCAUGGUUAGCAGUGGCGGUGGAGGCCAACAAGGUGGCAAUAACAGCGAACUUAUCGAUAUUAGCAGCGAUGAUGGUUCGGAUGAUGAAAAGGCUCAAAAUGGGAAAUCUAAGGGUAAGAGUAAGGGUCUAUUAGAAACUCCUGGCGAAACUCUUCUAAAAUAUGGUGAAGUGACAUGUAGAAAAGUCGUCACAUCCGAUGGUAAUUCAACUCCACCAGACUCGGGACUGCCAAAACGUGCUGCCACCCCAACAUCGCUUUCAAAGAAACGCAAACGCGAUCGAUCCAAUUCACCAGAAAAAGGUGAUCAUAAAGAGAGUGGUGUCUUAUUGUUAAAACCACCUAAUCGCUCGAAUAGCAACGAUAAUACAGCUGCCGCUGAUUCGUUUGUACCAUUGCUUCGGCAACGAAAAUACAAAAAAGAAUUGCGGCCCAAGACACCCAGACUGAAUUUCCAAGAUGUUGGUGGCAUGGAGAAUGUUUUAAAAGAAUUGUGCGAGAUUCUGAUGCAUGUAAAGCAACCGGAUAUCUAUUUUAUGCUUGGACUAAUGCCACCUCGUGGUCUCCUUUUGCAUGGACCUUCUGGAUGUGGAAAGACUUUAUUGGCACAUGCUAUUGCUGGGCAAUUGGGAAUGAUUAUGCUUGAAGUUGCUGCUACCGAACUUAUCGCUGGUGUCUCUGGUGAAUCUGAAGAGAGAAUUCGUGACAUCUUCGAACAGGCAGUUUUAUGUGCACCGUGUGUACUUUUCAUUGAUGAAAUCGAUGCAAUCUCAUCCAAUCGUUCAAAUGCCCAACGUGACAUGGAACGUAGAAUUGUUUCCCAACUGAUUAGUUGUAUGGAUGGAUUGAAAACAAGUGACAAAGGCCAGUCUGUGCUGGUUAUAGGAGCCACUACACGUCCCGACGUUCUCGAUCCAGCUUUGCGACGUGUCUCUAGAUUUGAUCAUGAAAUCGCAAUCGGUAUACCAAGUCGCAAAGAUCGUAAAGAAAUUCUAACAAUAAUCUGUGAUGGAUUGUCCAUUUCACCCAAAAUGGAUUUCGAUAAAAUUGCUGAAGUUACACCUGGUUAUGUGGGUGCAGAUAUGCUUGCACUAGUUUCGAGAGCUGCAACAAUUGCUGUUAAAAGAGAAUGUUCUCAACAAAUGAAAGAAUUACAAAUGAAGAAUCAGAGGAACAUAACCAUCGUAGAUUUGAUUGAUGAAACUCAAACAGACGACAAUGAAGCCUCAAAUAAAAAAGAUAAAUCACAAACUGAUGCUGAUAAAAGCAUUAAAGAGUCUGAUAAAUCCAAAAUCGACGAAUCGACAGUUGAAAAACCAUCAAAAGAUUGUUCGGAUGAAGCAGAUAAAACAGCAACAGAAGCAGAAACAACAACAACAACAACAACAACCACCACAGAUGAAAAAGAAACUGAAGACAAAGUAAAAGAAUCGACUGAAGCUAAUGGAUCAACAGACGAUAUGGAAAAGAUGGAAGUUGAAGAUGACGAUCUUCCUGUUGCUGCCAAUGAGGAGAAAUCUGAUGACAAAAAUUCCACAAAAGAGGCAGACAAAUCUGCUGUGGCGAACGAAGAACCUAUCGAUGUGGAUGAUCUUCCAGAAGAAAAAGAACGAAUUUCCACAGAAUCUAUGCCUGAACCGACUCUCUUUGAGAUGAUCAAUAUGUUGGAUAAUGCAUCCCUCGAUAUUGGAGACAUUUCUGAUUUUUGCAUUACUUUGGAAGACUUUAAAGAGGCGGUUAAGGUGAUUCAACCUUCUGCUAAGCGAGAAGGAUUCAUUACAGUUCCAGAUGUUACUUGGGAUGAUGUGGGUUCUCUCCAAGACAUUCGAGAAGAACUCAAGUUGGCUGUAUUGGCACCAGUUAAAUUCCCUGAGAAGCUUGCGAAAUUGGGUCUCACAGCUCCAUCGGGUGUUUUGCUAUGUGGACCACCUGGUUGUGGAAAGACACUGCUUGCCAAGGCAAUUGCCAAUGAGGCUGGAAUUAAUUUCAUUUCGGUUAAGGGACCAGAAAUGAUGAAUAUGUAUGUUGGUGAGAGUGAAAGAGCUGUGAGGGCAUGCUUCCAACGUGCCAGAAACUCGGCGCCCUGCGUCAUAUUCUUCGAUGAAUUUGAUUCCCUCUGUCCGAAGAGGUCGGACAAUCAUGAUAGUGGCUCAGGAACUCGUAUCGUCAAUCAGUUGCUCACUGAGAUGGAUGGUGUUGAAGAUAGGAAAGGUGUUUACAUUCUGGCAGCCACAAACAGACCAGAUAUCAUUGAUCCCGCAAUAUUACGUCCUGGUCGUUUGGACACAAUAUUGUAUGUAGGACUACCUCAACAAAAGGAUCGUGUUGAAAUACUUACAGCCCUAACAAAGAAUCGUACUAGACCUGUUCUUGCCGAAGAUAUUGACUUUGAAGAUUUGGCAACAAAAUCUGAAGGCUAUACCGGUGCUGAUUUGGCUGGUCUUGUGAGACAAGCAGCAAUGUUGGCAUUGAAAGAAUCGAUUAAUAAUCCAGAUAUUGCAUUGGAUGAUAUUUGUGUGAAGAAUACACAUUUCGAAGAAGCGAUAUCACUCCUGCGACCGUCCGUUAGUGCACAGGACCGAAAAGUAUAUGAGAAACUCAAAGAGAAAUAUGCUGCUCCGCGAUUAUCGAAUGAAAAUAAAUAAUUUUACUGCACUUAAGAUAAUCUGAAAUUAAGUUAAAAAAAAACACCGUUAUUUAGAUUACAGAGGCAUCUCAUUCUCAUAAUUUCUUUUUUUAAUAAAAAAACAAAAACAAAAAAAAAACAAAAACCAACAGUACAC